AUGGUCCUUCAUCUAUCUUACAUUUAUUAUAUUCUUGAAUUUACGUAUCAACCUUACGAUCAGACUGACGAACAAUUAGACGUUAUACUUGACAUAGCAUUUGUUCAUUUGCCAUUCUCUUUAUAUCACUCAUGGUCCAUAGUAUUGUUAGCUAUUACAACCUUCACUAUAAUUAUGCCUGAAAAAACAGAUGAAACUCCAAGUUUGAUUGAAUUAAUCGUUGUAAUAUUUGUUUUGAUGUCUUUUGAAUUAAUAGCGAUUAUGUAUAUUGAAGCUAAUAAUGAUUUCGCCGGUUUUGCUGGAUUUUUGGUUAUUGCAUUUACUUUAAUAGGAAUUUCAUAUGAGCAAGAAGAAAUUGUAAUUCAUUUGGCCGCUAUUUUACUUUCUAUUAUUUCUGCUACUUAUUUUACUACAUCUUUAGUUAAGAAAUGUUUAGUUCCUAAAGCACAUUUUGAUGAGAAACAUGCACACGUAUAA